AUGAAGCUAUUGUCAACUUUUCUCAUUGGAUCCUCUUUCGGGCAAACUUGCCCAGAUGAGGAUCUUCAAAAGCGAUGCGAAGAUUUCUGCAACGCUGAUCUUGCAGAGUGCUACGCCAAUUGCUCGAACAGCUCUUGUCAGUAUGAAUGUUUGGGAGAAGCCGCUCGUUGCGGGGCUGCCUGUCCCUGCAAUGACGAGUGCCCAGACGGCUGUGCUGGCUGUGGCAACCCAGUUUGCAGCUGCAAGGAUCUGCAUCUCAACGGCGAGCACGAGUUCUGUGUGGACAAGUUUUCGGAUGAGCAUGCAGCUUGUAUGAAGGCGUGCCCAGAUGAUUCAUGCAUCGCGGACUGUAGCAUGGAGCUACAGACAAAAGUUGCCGAGUGUCCAUGCCGAAGCAAUUGCCCAGGCGGCUGUCCUUGCGACAACUUUACUUGCCAACGAUACGCAGUGCUUCUUGAUGAAGAGAUGCGACUCGUUGGUAAAAUCAUCAGUCGAGAUGGAAGUGUCUUCGAGCAGCGUCGAUACGGUCCAUUCUUGGAUGUCGAGCUCGACGCGGCUUGUUAUGCGUUUUUCAAGGGCGAACACUUGAUGUUCGGUGGUAUGACUAAGAAGCGCCAAGUUGCUAAAAUUGAAGGUUGUGCGAUUGAAGACACUGGAGUCCAGCUCGGAUACUCGUUUGAUUCCUAUCACGGAAAAUGCGCGAUCAUUGAAAACAACAUUGGAUUCGAAGAUGACAUGAUGAACUUUUGCUUCGGUUCAUCUAGCAAAAGUUGCUUUGAGUUUGACGGCGUAAACAGCAACCCUAUUCUUGCAUCGACCAAAAAUGAUCACUCUAGAGGUGGCUUGGGAAUCUAUAAGAAACAAGUUUUUGCCAUUGGAGGCGGAGCUAUGAACAGCGAUACAUUUAACAGUAAACUCGAGUUCCUCGGACGAAACGGUUGGACUGAAUAUGAAGAUUUCCCUAAGAAUAGCGGAAUCGCGGAUAUGACAAUUGUUUCCGUCCUCGACACUGAUCAAGCCUUCCUUUUUGGCGGCUAUGAUAGCAACGACUUGCAAUCUGAUGUCUACGAAAUGAUGGAAGACUCCCAAACUCAGAGUUUCCGAUUCCAGUUCCGUCAGCGACUCCUCAAGCCUCUCCAUGAAGGAUCCGCUGUUCUACUGGGAAGUGAGGUUCUCCUAGCCGGCGCUGAAAUCCAAAGAAUGAAUCUCCUCCCUCCUUACGACGUCGUUGAACUUGCUGAGCUCGAUCCAGUCCUUGACAAUGCCGUUUUCUACGAAGUUCAAGCUGACAUCUGCCUCAAUAGCUGCGAAGAGUUCUGCUUCGACAGUGAUCAUUUCUAA